GCUUCUGCUUUAACCCCACUUUGGUCUUGUCUUCUGAAAAAAAAUAUUAAAAAAAAUCAGAUACCAAAUACAAUAAUCUUAGACCGCCAUUAUCAAAACCAGAAAACUUGCAGAAGCACAAAUAUCUACAGAAGGAACAGAUCAAGAAACUUUAUAGGAUUGAAAAAAAAAUGAACUUUUGAAUUGAAAAAAAAAAAAGUUUCCAUUUUUAUCUUAUGUUAAAUGCAUCAGAAGAAUCUUGAAGUUCAGAUAGGUCAAGAACACAGUGACCUUUCUUCCAAUUUCAUCUCUUCCCAUCAAAAACAAUACCAAAAUCCAAUCUUUAUCCCAAAUCAGCCAACCCCAUCUGAAAAUUUUUCCAAUAUUAAUCUCCAAAUCAAGAUCCCAUCACCAGAUUCUUCAACCAAUCAGAUUCAUUUUAGGGAUGAACCUAUUUGCCAGAAUCAAUCACCAGGAAAAACCCUUUUGUCAACACCUCAUAAAAGGCCAAUAAUGUCUCAAAGUUCCAAUCUUUAUCACUCCCCAACACCCUCUUCCUCUGUUAACCAACAAGUACAACACAAUCAUUUCAAAGCUACUGUGCUGAAGUCAAGCUCUUCAUCAAAUCAGUCUUUUCUAUGUCCUUGUUCUAUACCUGUGUUGUUAGCUACAAAAAGAAUCACUCUAAGACUCCUUCAUCACUCUUGUCAUGCUUCUUGGAUUAGAGUCCAUUUGAAGCUUUUUAUAUUGCUUUCUUUGCCUUCUCUUUACUUGUUGACUUCAACUCAUUACUGGGGUUCUUUUCUUUACUUUCUGUUUAUUAUUGCUCUAAUUGCUUUUCUUGUGAUUUCACUUUGUGUGGCUCUCCCUUGUGUUCCUUCUAUCCGCAUAUUUUUUGCUAGAACUUUGUCUAUCAAUCUUCAUUCAUCACCUACUGCCUCAAAGUCUCGACCUUCUGUUGUUUGGUCAAUUGGUUCAAAGCCUAAACAAGAAAGGAAACCAGUUUCAGGGUGUUGGGUGCAAGUUUACAGCAAUGGUGAUGUGUAUGAGGGUGAAUUUCAUAAAGGGAAAUGCUCAGGAAGUGGGGUUUAUUACUAUCGUUUGAAUGGGAGGUAUGAAGGUGAUUGGAUAGAUGGAAAAUACGAUGGAUAUGGGGUGGAAACGUGGUCGAAAGGGAGCAGGUAUAGGGGGCAAUACAGGCAGGGAUUGAGACAUGGAGUUGGGAUGUAUAGGUCUUAUACUGGGGAUCUAUAUGCUGGGGAAUGGUGUAAUGGGCAGUGUCAUGGAUGUGGGGUUCAUACUUGUGAAGAUGGAAGCAGUUAUACAGGGGAGUUUAAGUGGGGUGUCAAACAUGGAUUGGGUCAUUAUCAUUUCAGAAAUGGGGAUACAUAUGCUGGAGAAUAUUUUGCAGAUAAGAUGCAUGGUUUUGGGGUAUACCACUUUGGAAAUGGACAUCGCUAUGAAGGAGCCUGGCAUGAGGGAAAGAGGCAAGGGUUUGGCAUUUACACUUUCAGAAAUGGGGAAACUCAGUCUGGUCACUGGCAAAAUGGGAUUCUUAAUGUUUCAAGUAGUCUUGGCACCCAUCCGGGAUCUCCUUCUGCAAUUGACCAUUCUAAAGUGCUUCAUGCAGUCCAGGAAGCAAGACAAGCUUCUGAGAAAGCUGUGAAUGUGACAAAGGUGGAUGAAAGAGCAAAACGAGCUGUCACUUCUGCCAACAAGUCCGCCACUGCAGCAAGAGUAGCAGCUGUGAAAGCUGUCCAAAACCAGAUUCAUCAGAAUGGAGACAGUUGCCAUUCACCAUUAGCAAUUGUGUAAACCCCUCGGUUGGCAGAGGCUAUGGUUUUGCACCCUCUCAUCGGUCUUGUUUUUAGAUACAGAGACCGAGACUACCAGGGACCAACUUGGAACCACAACAGGCAAUGAGCUGAUUGAGGAGCAAGUUUAUCACGUCCCUUUCAUUAGGCCUUUACUAAUAUGCUUAUAUAGUGCGCCCUCUUAUAUGGAGCUAAGAGCGCAACCAAAAAAAAAAAAAACUGCAGAUGUAAUUAGGUGGUUUUAUCUUUUCUUUCUGUUGUUGCUGUCCAGUAAGUGUAGAUAGUUUCCUGUGUUCUGUGUUUUGCCAUAAGAGAAUGGCCAAGUUCCUAAACUUGUAUCUCAGAGGGAGAUCACCUGUGCUGUGCUAUGUUGUAAAAAGUAAUAGUAUCUAAACAUGUGCUGUAUUAACAAAUGACUUCAUAAAUUUUGUCUCAUCAGCA